UGGCACACAAUCUAAGAUAAACAGCUCCUAGACGAAAUGUUAAUAUAUGAAUCAACUCUAAACCUCUUUGAGAAGAGACGGCAUAUUUCCAUAUAUAGCAACAAUAUCUGGGCUUAAUUCCUCCGAGUCCACUUGAAACCAAUAUAAUGGGUAUUUAAGUCUACAGAACUGUCCGCUAAAUAUCAAACGUCCAUCCAAAGAUCCAUUUUGAUGUAUUGAUUUGAAACAAUUAAGAACCAAAUAUUGUAAUUCUCACCGGCUCUCAUGUGACGUCACUGAUUGUUUUUCCUUGCAUCGUCAGAUCUUCUCCAGUUGUCCUCGUCAAUUGUUUUAACAGGGACUUAAUGUGGAUAAUUUCUGUGUGUAAAUAUAAUAAAAACACGGUCAUUAUGUCACUGGGGAUAUGUAUUUAUAUCUAGUGAACUUUUUGAGACUUUUACAUGGGUUAUGUUUGUUGUAUAUCGUCAUAGGUGUUCAAAGUGGUAUUGCCGUUUCUAGGAGAAGAUCUUUGACUGAAGAGUCAAAGCGUGCAUUGUUUGUUAGCGAACACAUGAAAAUAACAUUCAUUGGUAAGAAAAUGGCGGAAUUGGAAGAAAAGCUUAUAUGUUCAGACGCUCUAUGCGCUGUCAGCCAGGACCGGAAGGACCGGAAGAAACGAAACACCAGAUCAGAUUUAACAAAUGCUCAAAAUAAACAAACCGAAACAAACAAGGAAAAUAAACCAUCAGAACAAUCCUCGGCAACAAAGUAUGCUUUUGGAAAUCCCGCCUUACCGAGCCAGACAAAAACACGGAACGGCAAACCGAAAUCUAAAAGGCGUAAAGGAUGAUUUGGCAAACAUGAAUUUUAUAACGUCUUUAGUGACUGUUUCAUGGGUGUUUUUAAUAUACGUAUAUAUGUGUUUUUGGUGCACUUUAAGUUCAAUAAAGGGGAAAAUACCGAUAACUGGAUACGUCGAACACAGAAUAAGUUUGAAAUAGUAGAAUAUAUCGAGAACAGAUAAUGUCGAUGAAAGUCAU